AUGAAGUCCAACUUCCAAUUCCAAAACCUGUGCGGUACCGUCUACCGACAGGGCAACGUUGCUUUCACACCAGAUGGAAACUCGGUUUUGAGUCCGGUCGGCAAUAGGGUGUCUGUCUUUGACUUGGUCAACAACAAGUCGAGAACUCUUGGUUUUGAGAACAGGAAGAAUAUUGCUACGAUCGCGCUUUCGCCAGAUGGCAACGUGCUCAUCUCUGUCGAUGAAGAUGGUCGAGCUCUUUUCAUCAACUUUAGAAAAGGAACCGUCCUCCACCACAUCAACUUCAAGCGCCACGUCAACCACGUCUCCUUCUCUCCCGACGGAAAAUACAUCGCCAUCACCCACGGCCACAAGGUGCAGAUCUGGAACACCCCCAGCCACCUCGUCCGAGAGUUUGCACCCUUCACCCUGCAUAGAGAGUACACUGGACACCACGAUGAUGUGGUCAGUGUGUGCUGGUCCAAGACAUCUCGCUACUUUGUCUCGACGUCGAGAGAUAUGACUGCGAGAUUGUAUACUAUCAACCCCCUGGAGGGCUUUACGCCAAAGCAGUUUGCGGGACAUAGGGAUAUGGUCAUUGGUGCUUACUUUUCUUUGGACGAGAAGACUAUCUACACAAUCUCCCGAGAUGGCGCGGUCUUUGUCUGGAAAGCCAAGAAGGGUGUCUCUGACGAGGAUUCCGACGUCGAGCUCGACAUCCUUGACGCCCCCACCACAUCCACAUCCGCUGCCAACCUCGCCCUCGAACACACCGUCGCCUACUCUCGCUGGGGUGUCCACUCCCGACACUUUUUCAACCAGCCGGGCACCAAGACUGUCUGCGCCACAUUCCACCCCAAAACCUCCCUCCUCAUCGUCGGGUUCUCUUCUGGUGUCUUUGGUUUGUGGGAGAUGCCCGACUUUUCGCCAGUCCACACCCUGUCGAUCUCCAACGAAAAGAUCUCGAGUGUCGCGGUAUCGCCUUCCGGCGAGUGGUUGGCGUUCGGAGCGUCCAAGCUUGGCCAGCUGCUUGUCUGGGAAUGGCAAAGUGAAAGCUACGUGCUCAAACAGCAGGGACACUACUACGACAUGAACACCCUCGCAUUCAGCCCAGACGCUCAGAACAUCGCCACUGGUGGUGAAGACGGCAAAGUCAAGCUGUGGAAUGCUACCAGCGGGUACUGCUUCGUCACCUUCCCCGAGCACACUGCGGCUGUCUCUACCGUCGAAUUCUCCAAGCAAGGUCAGGUCCUCUUCUCUGCCUCCCUCGACGGCACAGUAAGGGCCUACGACCUCGUGCGAUACAGAAAUUUCCGAACCUUCACAUCCCCUUCCCCCGUCCAAUUCUCCGCCCUCGCCGUCGACCCCUCGGGCGACGUCGUCUGCGCAGGCUCGCAAGACUCUUUCGAGAUCUAUAUGUGGUCCGUCCAAACCGGCAAACUCCUCGAUAUCCUCACAGGCCAUACCGCCCCCAUAUCCAACCUCGCCUUCUCGCCUUCUGGUAACCAGCUGGCAUCGUCUUCUUGGGACAGGUCGGUGCGAUUGUGGUCCGUGUUUGGCCGUUCGAGGGCGACGGAGCCGAUAGAGUUGUCUGGGGAGGCUACGGCGCUGGCGUUCAGGCCUGAUGGAAAGGAGAUCUGUGUUGCUACGUUGAAUGGAGAGCUGUCGUUCAUCGACAUUGAGGAGGGCGAGAUCAAGUCGGUCAUAGAAGGUCGCCGAGACAUCUCAGGCGGGCGUAAGAUCGACGAUCGCCUGACUGCCGGCAACAACGCUGCGAGCAAAUACUUUAACAGCGUCACCUACACCGCCGACGGUGCUUGUGUCCUCGCUGGAGGAAGCAGCAAGUACGUCGUCAUCUACGACCGUGCUGAGGGCGUCAUGAUCAAGAAAUUCCAGAUCAGCGAAAACUUGAGUUUGGACGGGACACAAGAGAUGUUGGAUUCGAGAAAGAUGACAGAGGCGGGAGCUAUGGACACGUUUGACAGGCAGGGUGAGGAGGAGGACCUCGAGGAUAGGCUGGAUUCCACUUUGCCCGGUGCUUCCAAGGGUGACCUCUCCAAGAGACGGUAUAGGCGGGAUGCGCGUACCAACUGCGUGCGAUUCUCUGCUACUGGCCGAAGCUGGGCCGCUGCCAGUACCGAGGGUCUUCUCAUCUACUCUCUCGAUGAAUCCACCACUUUCGACCCCUUCGACCUCUCCCUCGACCUCACUCCCGAAUCCACCCUCCAGACCGCUGCCCAAGGCGACUACCUCAUCGCCCUCAUCAUGGCUCUCCGUCUUAACGAAAAGCCCCUCAUCCAGCGUGUGUAUGAGGCUGUGCCGCCAUCAUCUAUUCGACUGUUGGCGAGGCAGCUGCCAGAGGUGUAUGUGGCGCAAUUUGUCAAGUUUGUCAGUGACCAUAUUGAGGCUACGCCCCAUGUGGAGUUUGACUUGAUGUGGACGGCGGCGAUGUUGACUAGCCAUGGAAGAUAUCUGAGAGAGAGGAAGGGUGAGAUGGCGGCGACGUUGAGAGGGUUGGUCAAGGGACUGAACGGGCUCGAGGCCAGUGUAGCCAAAAUAUCCGAUGACAACACCUUCUCGCUAGACUACAUUCUCUCGCAGGUUGGCAAGAGCGAGCAGGCGAACGGGUUUGAAGGAGAAGGAAGCGCUUUCAUCUUGGACGUUGAAGGUGUUUGA